GUGACUGUGACUGCAACUGCGCGAGGUCAUCAGCUUCGUCUUCCUCCAACGCUCGGCUCGGUUAAGGGAGGAUGAUGGUGGUUUCUCCGGGGCUUCUCACAAGUGUUUCAGGUUUAAUCCGAUUGGCACCGUCACAACGGAUUCAAAGACGCAAUGGCUUCGGACCUAGUUGCUUCAAGUUUUCUGGGGAUUCGAGGAGUAUCAAUGGAAGAGUGAGUCAUAAACCGGUGGUAACGGUAGGUUGCUCUCGUCAAAGUUGGAGCUCUCAUAACAACAAGCAGCCAUCCGAAGAAGAAGAGCCCUUAUGGCUGAGCCUUCUUAGAGACAUCGUCUGGAGCACGAGAUCUCUUUUGUCUUUCAUGGCUGAGCAACCGAGUCAGCUCAAAUACAUAGAGUGGCCAAGUUUUACAAGCACGCUAAAGACUGCGACACUGAGUCUAUGUCUGGUAGCCGUAUUCAUUGUAGCGCUAUCAUCGGUGGAUGCUGCUCUUUGUUACAUAUUGACUAUGAUCCUGAGGAAAGCAGCCCCAUGACCAUAUGAGGAAGGAAGGAAGGAAGGCAACAACAUACGUAGUAGUUUGUCUCUUGGAGAUGAGAUACUGGUUGUGUAGCCUUGAGAGAUAGUUUUAGUAUUGUUGUUGUUCAAAUGUAGAAAUAAUUCUUUGUAUUAAGAAGGGUAUACAAGAAGAUGUACCCAAACCAAUUGUGUGUGGUCUGUUUAAUUAAUAGUACUCAACAAAAAGGGAAAUCAAAACUAGUCUUUGAGUUA